AUGCAUGCCCUGCAUGUGCUGGCGUACUCGAUGAUGCUGAUCAUCAGCAUAAUCAUCGGCUCUAACAUGUACAAGAAGGAUGGAGAGAUCCAAAGAUACCGGCAAAAGAUCAGCGAGCUCGAACGAGAGCUCAAGCUGCACAAAGGAAAGGAUGCUCUCCUCCUCCUCAUCCUCAUCCUCAUCCUCAUCAUCCUUCUCCUCCUCCUCCUCCCACUGUCUCUCCCCCUCCCUUUCCCUCCUCGUCCUCGUCCACCAGCACCACCGCCAACCUGCUACUUCACUUCCUCCCAGCUCGUCUCCUCCUCCGCUGACUCAGUGUCUUCAGACUCCUGCCUGUGUGACUGCGCGACUGCCGAGGAGUGGCUGCGAGCUCAGUGCGAGUGGGAAGGAACAGACUUGCAACAGUGCAAAAGAGGUGCAGGAGCAGGAGCAGGAGCAGGAGCAGGAGCAGGAGCAGGAGCAGGAGCAGGAGCAGCUGAAGGAGGAGAGGGAGAGGAAGUGAAGGAGCAGAAAAUCAACCCUUGGGCUCCCCUCCCCUUAGACCAGCUCUCCGGGAACCCUGAGCGAGACCAGCGGCGUAAGUUGCACGAGGUGCACAAGAAGUCGAACCCGGCGUACAACAUCCGAUGCGAUGUGACGGACCCGCUCCCUCCUGUCCCGCUCGUUGACCCCGCAGCAACCGAUGCUGUCAGGUCUCUGCAUGUGCGAACCCAGGCUGAGACUUCACAGGGAGGCGUGCUCAUCUUCGCGCGAUACUGGGUGGAGAAGGGAGAUGAAGACGACUCUGUCAUCUCCUUCUUGAGCUGGAAAUUUCCUCUUGGAAUCCCAGCAGAGUCGAUCCUCCGGAGUCUCUCGGGAGUGAUGCCGGUCGUGCUGGAGUUGGUCUCCAAGGACGAGGAGCAAAUCUACGGGAAGAAAAUGAUAGUCAUGGACAUCCCCAACGGGGAGAGGCUGCGCCGGGACGACUACCAGCGAAUCAUUUCUUCGGGGUCUGGUCCCGGGCUACACCGUCGGGUUCAGCACCUUCGGUUCCUCCUCCUCCAGCUGCUUGUCAAGGGACGUGACGUGUGCUCAGGUUUCUCCCGGGCAGACUUCACCUUCAUCGACUUCGUCUUCUCAGCUCGUCCUGCCCUGCAGCACACGACAGAGCUCGGGACAGGAGGAGGCCUCGUCUCGCUCUUCCUCCAAGUCUCCUCGGCGAUCCGAGCAGGUUUCACGCAGACUUUUGACAUCCGCGACUGCCGAGGGGAAGGAAUCCUCCGAGCUUGGAACCACAAGCAUGCUUCCUUCCACAACCUCGAUGUCUUUGAUGGUCCGGAUGGGAUGCAUCCAGAGGUUGUCAAGAGCGUGAGCCGCGAGAACAACCUGGUGCUCUUCGAUGGAGGAAGCAAGAUGCUCGAAGUAGCGAGGUUCGGCAGCAAGCUAGCCAAGAGUUCCCUCUUCCUGAUCCACGACUGGGAGGACGAGACGUUCGAAGCUGGUUUCUCAGGAGCACUUGAACGGAUCGGGUUCGAAAGCGUCUAUGAGGAGUUUGCGCUGCACAUCGUCAAAUUUCGCAAAAUGGCGGGAGGCAAGGGAGACGAGGAGGAGGACGAAGAGCUGGCGAAGCUGCUGGGGAUGCAGAUGAGAGAAGUCAAGGAGCUGAGAGAAGUGUUCUCCUUCUUCGAUACCGACGGUCUUACUCCCCCUCCCCUCCCCCUCUCCGUGUCAUCCUCUUCCUGCGUAACGAUCGCGCAGGAGAAGCUGAAGGAGAUGAUGGGAGAGGUAGACGAAGAUGGAGGAGGAGACAUCUCCUUCGGCGAGUUUGUGCAGCUCGUGAUGAAGCAGAAAGAGAACAAGAGCGCGCAGUCGAUGCGAGAGGAGGCCCAAAACAUCUUCAAGCGCUUUGACGUCGACGGAUCAGGGACGAUCAGUACAAGUGAACUGAAGGACGCCCUUCUUAUCAUUGAUCCGAACAUGUCGGAGAAGAAAAUCUCCUCGCUCCUCAAAGCCGCGGACGCUGAUGGCUCGGGAGAAAUCUCAUUCGACGAAUUUGCGCUUCUCCUUGGGCUAGGAGAGAGAAAGGAACGCGAGAGGCAAGCCCGGAAGGCGAGGAUGAGGAAGAAUCCAUGGGAGUUCCUUCAGGAGAAACCCAAAGUGCGCGACAAAGGAGACAAAGCGAGAGAAGUUCCUCUCUACUAUGAUCCCACUUUCCGCACGGCAGAACAAGAGGCGUCAGAGUUGGAGGAGGAGAGGAAGAAAGCUGAAGCAGCUUCCGAGGCCUGGAACUCAGAGAACGCUUCUGGUCUUUCGAGCUUCCUGGACAAGCUGGAAGACAACGAGGAGAAAGACUCCAGAGCUAGAGAUGAGGAAAUGCGGCGGCAGGAGCAGGAGCGGCGAGAAUGGCUGGAAUCUCUCAACUGGGUAGUCCUGACGACAAGAGGCAAUGAGGCACACGAACAGAGUGCAGAGCGCAAGUGGAACAAGGAGAAAGAAGAGGCAGAGAGUCAGAGCAGCCUCGCUGGAAUGCCAUGGAACAAAAUGUUUCACGAGGCCGCGAGAGCUUCAGACUUGGCUGCGAUGAAACAAUACAUCAAGGAGUUCCCAGACCGGCUGCAGGAGAAGGAUGCUGCAGGAUACACCGCAUUGCAUGUUGCAGUGGAGAGCGGCCAGAUGACGUCUGUCAUUCAUCUUAUCAGCUGCUUGAAGGCAGAGGGACUUGGACUGAACGAGCUCAACAAGCAGAAGCAGACCGUGCGCGCAUGA